AUGCGUCUCACAACCAUCCUCCUCUCCCUCGCCUCCCUGGCCGUCGCCGCCGAGCUCGGCAUCGAAGUCACCCACAAGGUCGAGUGCGACCGCAAGACCCAGAAAGGAGACAAAGUCUCCAUGCACUACCGCGGUACAUUGGCAGCUGAUGGCUCCAAGUUCGACGCAAGCUACGAUCGCAAUGCGCCAUUGAGCUUCACAGUCGGAGCCGGCCAGGUUAUUAAGGGAUGGGACCAAGGUCUCCUUGAUAUGUGCAUCGGCGAGAAGCGCACCCUCACCAUUCCCCCGGAGCUUGGUUACGGCAACCGUGGUAUGGGUCCUAUCCCCGCUGGCUCGACUCUGAUCUUCGAGACUGAGUUGGUUUCCAUUGCUGGUGUUAAGAAGGAUGAGCUGUAA